AUGCAGCUCGCGCAGCCAAAAAGGAAGAGGCUGCCUGCUGCUGCCGCUGGCCCUGUCGCUGUAAUUACAGCAGCAGCUGCUGCGACAGCAACAGCAGCAGCAGCAGCAUCGGCUGCAGCAGCAGCAGCAGCUGCAGCAGCAGCUGCAGCAGCAGCAGCAGCUGCAGCAGCAGCGUCAGAGCCAGUGCUGCUGCAGCAGCAUCUGCAGCAGCAACUGCAGCAGCUGCUGCAGCAGCAUCUGCAGCAGCAACUGCAGCAGCUGCUGCAGCAUCAUCUGCAGCAGCAACUGCAGCAGCUGCAGCAGCAGCAACUGCAGCAGCUGAUGCGGCUGCAGUUGCAGCAGGGAGUGCAGCAACUGCGGCAGCAGCUGCAGCAGCAACUGCAGUUUUUCAUUUAUAGAAAAGGAAGAGGCUGCCUGCUGCUGCCGCUGGCCCUGUCGCUGUAA